AUGACUGUCCACAACAUUGAGACUGCCUCUGGCUUCAAGGAGACCCUCGCCGCACACCCCGUCGUCGUCGUCGACUGGUUCGCGACGUGGUGCGGUCCCUGCAAGCUGAUCGCUCCCCAGAUCGCCAAACCACGCCACCCCAUACCGCAACGCGUCGCGCAGAGCAGUACAUUGCAGCGGCACCUCGCUGACGGUGGGCACCCGCCCGGGGAAAACAGGUGGUCCCAGUCCAUCCCGUCGAUCCACUUCGCCAAGGUCGACGUCGACGCGCUGCCCGACCUCGCGCAGGAGUACAGCGUGCGCGCCAUGCCCACCUUCCACAUCUUCAAGGACGGCGAGAAGGUCGACGAGUACGUCAGCGCCAACCCGCCCGCCCUGCUCAAGGUCAUCGAGAAGUGGAAGCCCGCCGAGGAGGGCGAGGCUGCCGCCGCGGAGGAGGCCAAGGCCGAGUAA